ACGUGACGACGUGUUCGAAACUUGCGGAGGCGCCGGGGCGACUUUAAACGCGCGCAUCUACGUUUGCUUGGGAUCCGUCUGAAGUUCUCGCAUGAUCGAACGCGUUUCUCGCUCUUUCGUUCGUCAAUCGGGCCCAAGGUCAGGUCAGUGUCGUAUCCGUCGGCAAGGAUUUCUCGCGAUUCACUGAGAUCUAGGAGGGAAUCAUCCGGCAUCGCGCGCAGCUGCACUUUUUCCACCGGAUGGACGACUCGAUUUCGCGACGUGACUUAUCAGCCCGAAAAUCGAUUGUCGAUUACCGGAAGAUCCCCGCGCCGUUGUCGAGGGCGCAGUGUGCGCCGUGGUAGGUAAGUGUUGCUCACAGGAAAAGCUUCCCAAAGAGCUUCGUGGCAAAUACCGGUCGUAACUGAAGCAACCGGACGAAACGGUGAAACGUUCGGGCUCCUUCGCUGCUCUUUGCGUAUUAACGGGCACACGCGGUCGGCUGGUCCGCUCGCUUCGUUUUAGCAGCAACAGUAGCAACAGCAGCAGCGGUGGUGGCGGAAUAGCAACAAGCGACUCGAGCAAGCAAUCGAGCCCGUCGCAGAAAGUCAAAUGGCACCGCGCAGGCAAGCGAAACAGGCGGCGGGAAGCAUUGUCGCAGACGCCAACGGCGACGCGUCGCCGCCGAGGAAGAAGAAGGUCGCCGCAGCGAGCGCCAAGUCGGUGGCCGAGGAGUCGAAGCAGCCGAGGACGGGCCUCCGGCGAGGAAAGGCCGAAAAGCACGAGAUCGACAACAACGAUGCGCUGGCGAGCGACGCGAGUCCGCCCAAAAGAGCACGCGGUGGCGGCAGAGGCAAGAAUGCCGCGAACGAGCCGAAGCCCGUUGCUGAGACAAAGAGCGCCAAGUCCAGCAAGGUCACCAAGGCCGAGCAGACGAUGAAGAAUAACAAUGCGGAUGAGAAGGCGGCCAAGCAGACGGCUGAGAAGAAAGCACGCACCACCGCCAAGGGCGCGAUGGCAAAAAAGGCGGGAACGAAGGAGCCCGCGGCGAAGUCGAAGGCCAAGGAGUCUGCCAGGAAGCCGAGGAACAAUACUACCGCCGAGAACGGCGCCGGUGAUGCCGCGGAGGAGAGCGCCGUAGCCGCGCCGACGAAAAGAACUCGCGGGAAGGUAGUGGAGAAGGAGAAUACGAUGCCGGCAACGCGAACCGCCGCCAAAGCACCAAAGAAGCGUAGAAACGCGGAGGCAGCCCUGGAAGAUGCAGACAUCGUCGAGGAAGAGGAGGAGGAGGAGGAAGAGGAAGAGGAAGAAGAAGUUGCAGCCGUCGUGCCGGAUAAAAAACCGCGUGGCAAACCGAAGAAGACGGGAGCACAAGCUACUAAUGAACCAGAGGUGAAGCCCAAGGGGAGACCUAGAAAGAACACUGCUAAAGCAGAGAUUGCUAAAUCAUCAUUAAAAGAAGCUGAAGAGGAAGAACAAGACACAGUUGAACAGGAAGAGAAUGCAAAAGUAGAAAAUACAAAGAACAUAAAAAGAGGAAAUGCAAGGAAAGCAGCUCCCAGAGGAAAGCGUAAUAUUGCGCCAGAGAAAGUAGAUGAUGCUCAAAUAGAAGAUGCAGCGAUAUCUGAAACUGAUCUUCAGGAGAACGGGAAAGUAGAAAAUGCACAAAUAACACAGCCUAAACAGCAAAAGAAAAGGAAUAUGGGGAAAACAACAAAAGAAAAAAUGGAAGCUAAAGGUAGACAAAAGAAAGGACAAGCAACAGCUGCUGCAGCAGUUAUGGAUGAAAAAGAGACAGCGAAGGAUAUGACCUCAGAGGAAGAUGUCAUUGAGAAAAUGGAUACGAUGCCAGAAACACAAGAUAAAAAUGCUACAGUUAUAAUUGAGCAGAGCAACGAUAUCUCAAACAAGAAAGAAGACAAAGAUGAAGCGGAUAAGAUCAAUCUUUCAGAAUCAGUGGAAAGUGUAAAACUGGUUAAGAAUGAACCUUUGGAUAGCGAAGCGAACACUUCGAUAGACAAAGAUGAGAAUUAAUGCUGAGUGUUUCCUAGAAGCGGAGUAUUCCUUAAGACGUCUGAACGCUUUGGAGUCAUGUGAAUGCAGAAUAAUAUCUAAAACUGUAUCUGUGUGUAAAACUCUUAGGAGUGCAACAAUAUUAGGUCAUCCCACAAGUAACGUAGUUUCCUUCCCCCCUCCAGAGAAAAAGAAAAAAGCCUUUAUUUCACGAGACUUUUAUCGAAAGCGAAGUAAGCUAUUUUAAGCACAAAAAAUCACACGUAUAAUUAGAAUGUAUGAGAUGUCGGUUCGGCCUAUGUUACACGAUUGUCUAUGAGCGAUUUGGUCACACUCGUUAGUCCAUAUCAAUAUGUCACACGACACACGACAGCAGUUGCAUCGUAAAUGAUGUGUAAUGUCAGUAACUUAUAACAUUGAGAAUUGGCAACUCGAUUUUAUAAGCUGGUGAUACAAACAUGCGAACUGCGGUUGCGAUUAAGCCAGCUUUUAGCCGUCGUGUAAACGUAGUUCCAUUUCUUAUGUCAGAUAAAAAUGCGUAACAUAAGCCAGGCCACUUAUGGGAUAACCUGAUAUUUUAAUGUAUUUAUCAUAAAACACGCAGUGAGUGGACAGUUGGACCUUAAGGUUCCUGUAGAGAUACUCUGUACUUUAUUGGCGACGUUUUGUCAGUUCUGAGUAGGUUCCGAGUAUUAUUUGCGAAAGAUAAUCAGCGAUCAACGGCGAAAUUCACGUGAUAAUCAAGAGCUCCUAUCCAUAUUGUCUCCAAUGAGAUGAUAAUUACUUUGUAACUAGUUCCUUCUCCCACUUUCUUUCUUCUUUUUAAUAAACAAAGUACCGACAAAUUUGUCAAUGUAGUACAGACUACCACUACCGAAGUGCGAUGCUAUUGUGCAAUUUUGAGUCGUAGCUCAACAUGGCAUGAUGUAUCCAAUCUUAAUGAUGUCCUAGAAGAGAUAUUUAUUGUUUGUGAGGAAAAGUAAAAGUAUAAAGUUUACACAUGAAGCAAAUUUAUACCAUUGGCUAUACUGUGUAUAAUAAGUGUGUGUGACGAAGUUGUUACCGGAGAAAGUUUCGAGCACAAAACAUAUUUUUUUACAGACGAGUCUUUCCUCGGGAACGUUUAAUAUUGGAUUUUCAGCUGUGUAUCAAUUAUCAAUGAUGGUGAUGACGAUCACAAUCUGAUGAUGACGCGCGUAGUGUGCCAUAAAGGAAAUUUGAUAGAAUUCAAAAUUCUUGAUUCUUAUCCGGGCAAUAUUCGUAUGUAAAAUACCUAAGGAAUGUAAUUACUCGACGAGUGUCAUCAUUAUUCAACGGGAUUCGGAAUUAUUAUAUUUGAAUUACGGGCAAUCGAGACAAAUUAACACGAAGAGAAAGAUGAUCGCUUUAUCGCUGCCCGUGUAGGAAUUGAGCGUAUUACAUAUUUUUCUAAAAGAAUUGACAGUUCUCAUACUUGACAGACCUUCCUUUCUCUAGUCCUAUAGUUUUAUUCUUAUUAAUGAACAAUACAGUUGAUUGAUUACGAUCGGACUUAAUGAAGACUCGAGUGUUUGCGUUUUCCAUCUAUCUUGUACAAGACAAAACAGUUUUUCGAUGUUGAAUAGCUUUUUGUUCUUUCCCUCUUUUUUUUUUCUUCCCCCUUUUACUAUUAGACAUUAUGAUUAUAUAUUUAAACUGUCGUUGUUAAUUAAUCCGUGUUUGUACUACUUUUAGAAGACACUUUAUACGUAUGUCUGGACAAAUUUGAAUAGCCGUAUCAGUCUGCAUUUUUGUACAAUUAAAUAUGAUAACAUUACAAGCUUUCUGUUAAAUAAUACUGUGUGUAGCGCAUUUACCGUCGAUCGUUAAGAUAACCAAUAUGUACGAAGUACACGUUUAUUUCUGUAUAACGCUGUACUUUCCAUAAUUAUUGCCCUUAAUAAUGGAGACUUUCUUUUCACUUUGAAUAAAUUGGAUUUCUUUUGUGUUUUCGA